UUAUGAUUUGUUGUGGUUUCGUUCGGAGUUUUUCAAGGCUUUUGCAAACCUGCUUCAUUUAGAAAUGACUUAAAACCGUGUGCCAUCAUGGAAACUAGACAAGGCAUGAAAAAAUAUUGCUAAAAUGGACGUCCAUUUAAGAUAGUUCGUGUAUUUUUCGCGUGGGUUGGUCAUUCAUUCGCCCUAAAGAACUCGCGAGGCAAAAAACUUGCUUCGUUCUCCUCUUCGUGAAUCCUGAAAAACAUGUCAGGGAUGCGAGGCCCUUCGUCUCCUCCGCCUCCAGAUCUUUCUCACCUUACYGAAGAAGAAAGAGCAAUCAUUUUGGGUGUCAUGAAUCGGCAAAAAAACCUUGAUUAUCAGACACAAGAAAUGCAAAAGCAAAUGCUCAAAGAAGUCGCAACGUAUGAGAAUCAAAUGGAGAAAAAAACCGAGUUGAGCCAACGAAGCGUCGACCCUAAUGUCUGCGAGGUUUGCCAUAAGACUAAAUUCACAGAAGGUACAGGCAAGGAGUGCAAAUACUGUAAAUUAAAAUGCUGUUCUCGAUGCAUCGUCGAAGUCUCGAUACCCGGAGCCAAACAGACAACGUCAACUGCUGCUGCGCCAGGUCUUUCUCUUAUAUCCAACUUGAUUCAGGACUUCAAAACUCUUGCUCUUGGACCUGAGGUCCAGUUGCUUUGCUUAGUAUGUAAAAAGAAACAAGAAGUAUUAACCAAGACAGGAUCAUGGUUCGGRCCAAAGGAAGCUGGCUUAAAAGCUAUAGAUGACCAUGGUUCUCCAUUCGGCACAGACUUUAGAGCAAUUCCAUCUGAGGAGGAUAAGAGAGCAAUGCGAAGACAGGGUUCUGCCAGGGGAAGUUUUAGAAGAGGUGCAAAUAUGGAAAAUGAAAGUGAUCGAGCUAGACGUCUUGAACACGAACGACAAAAUUAUUUACGGAGACCUUCAUURUCAGAUGAAGAAGUAGAAUCAAUACAAAGCCGUCCUUACGGUCAAUAUUAUAGUGACGAUGAAGGUACUAGAUACGGAGAAAGAGGAAGGCGAAARGUAACUUUUCAUGAUGAAAAAGGGUUGGGCAGGGGAGGGAUGCCUUCUCAUGGACGAGGGACAAAAGGMCCUUACCAAGGGAAACCUGGAAUGGGACCUCAGGGACAAAUGGGAAGAGGUGGUCAACCAGGUGUACGGCCAGGAUUCGGAACCCAGCAGGGUCCAGGAACAAGGCCUGGUUUUCCUUCACAACAAGGACARCCACCAGGAGGCAGGGGAUUUGGUCCUCAACAGCAAGGCCCUAGGGCAAUGGCUCCAGGAAGUCAGCAGGGAAUAAGGCCUCAGAUGCAACAACAGCAAGGUCAGGGUAUUGGCAGGGGUGGACCAACAGGUUCGCAACAAGGCAUUAGACAAGGUUAUCCUCAAAAUCAAGGUCCUGGGAGAGGGGGUCCUGGGAGAGGGUCUCCUUCCCAGCAGCAGCCUGGGAUGGGACCAAAACAACAAAUGUCUGCAGGCAGGGGGAUGCCCCCAGGGUCUAGCAAUGUUGGRCGAGGAGGCAUGCCUCAAAGCAGUCCUCAAAUGGCAGGUGGCAGACCUGGAACUCAACCAUCUCCAAGACAGGGAUAUCCCCAGCAACAGAUGGGAGGACCUCAACAGCAAGUUAGACAACAACAUCAAGGAAGACCUAUGGGAGGCCCACAGCAAAUGGGAGGACUACAUCAAAUGGGUGGACCACAUCAAAUUGGUGGGCCCAAUCAAAUGGGAGGACCCAAUCAGAUGGGAGGACCCAACCAGAUGGGAGGACCCAAUCAAAUGGGAGGACCCAAUCAGAUGGGAGGACCCAAUCAGAUGGGAGGACCCAAUCAGAUGGGAGGACCMAAUCAMAUGGGAGGACCCAACCAAAUGGGAGGACCWAACCAUAUGGGAGGUCCUCAGCAAAUGGGAAGUCCUCAUGGGCAGCCAUUGGGUGCACCCAAACAGAUGGGARCCCCUCAACACAUGGGUGGCUCGCAACAGUUUAGUGGACACCCACAAAUGGGUAGCUCUCCACACAUGGGCGGACAUCAACCAAUUGGUGGCUCACCUCAUAUGGGUGGACCCCAACAAUUGGGUAGCCCUCAACAGAUGGGCAGUCCUCAACAGAUGGGCAGUCCUCAACAGAUGGGUAGCUCUCCUCACAUGGGUGGCCCUCCACAGCAAGUAGGAACACCAAGAUCUGCCAGAAGACAAAUGCAACAGCAGGGAUAUCAACAACAACAACARCAACCAGGCUCAGUAGCUGAGAGAAGGACUGGAAUGGUUGGUUCUCCACCAAAGAUCAGCAAUCUUCAUGGACAUAAUGAUCCAAAUCAGCAAGGGAUUUACCCUGGACAAGACAGACCAACUCAAAAUGGCACCAUGCCGCAUAUGGAUGGCAGAGGUAGCUCGGCCCCUGUGAAAAUUCCUGAUGGACGUGGUGGCUAUAGGCCAGACAGCCAAAACUAUGCAAGGAGUCCAGACAACAGACCWGGAAUGGGACCACAACAGGGCUUAAGUGCUCAAAAUCAGCCUAUGUAUGGUUCCAGUCCUGSAUCCUAUGGUAUGAAUGGAAAAUCUAUGGAUGGCAGAGGACAAUUUGGCAGCCCAACAAACAUGUAUGGGCGUGAUUCACCACAAAGUCGACUUAGUAACUUAUCUGGUAGAGGAGGAUCAGGCUUAGAUGAUAGUUAUGGUGGAAGACAGUCUGGKUACAGUGAUGGAAUUGGAGGAGAUAUGAUGGAUGACAGAAGUACAACAGGGUCACAGCCAACAUCGAGUGAAAGUGCUAUCAAGUGGUCGCCUCCUGAUGACGACAACAAGUGUAUUGGAGAAGUUCUGCUUACUCGUGACCCUCGGAUAUUACCAUCCWCCAUGUCAGAACCGAGCUCUUUAUUUGGCCUUCGAGUGGUKGGCGGAAAAAUGUCGGACGAUGGAAAAAUGGCAGCUUACGUCGUCGAAGUCAAGAGAGGCACUCCUGCGGAUCUACAAGCAAAGUUACAAGAAGGUGACGAGGUAAUGGAAUGGAACGAUCAAUCGCUUGUUGAUUGCACGUUCGAAGAGGUCCAAGAAAUCAUCAAUUCCACUGACGACUCGCCAGAACUUCACCUUGUACUCUGCCGAGAUAAAAACAAAUUCGCACCAAAAGACAAUCAGCCGACACGACGUGGUCCUACUAGUACCGGAUCGCCCGUUAAAAGAGAUCGCACUUCACCGAUGUCUGGACCACAGGAUUCCCGGUCGAAUUUCGGUGCUGAUAGAGCGAAUGGCCCUGUGGGUAGCCGGAUGAACGAUCAACCUGGAUUUGGCUCUCAAAUCGCUGACGACGACUAUUUCUUUGGAGGUGGACCUCCAACGGACAAUAGAAUGGCAGACUCCGCUGGACACAAAGGUCGCUUUCUCGGAAGAAUACAGGUUCGACUUGGUUACGACGAAGAUGCAAAUAAUCUGAACGUUACCGUGGUUACCGCAGAAGGUCUGAGCUCAAGAGAAACGAACACCGCACCCAAUCCCUACGUCAGAAUAUAUUUUCUCCCAGAUAGAAGCAUGCAAAGCAAACGUCGUACUAAAACUGCCAUGAAAACAGCUAAUCCAAAAUGGAACCAAACYUUUGUCUAUCCUUGUCGAAUACAAAAGUUCGCUUCACGCUCAUUAGAAAUCACAAUCUGGGAUUACAAUAAAAUAGGAUCGAGUGAAUUUAUUGGCGAGGCUUUAAUUCACCUGGCUGACGCUAAUCUUGAUGGGAAUGCAUAUUGGUACCCUUUAAAAACACACGAUGAGAAUGGAGAACCCCUCGCACCACCCACGCCCAACCAAUCGCCACAGAGCUCUUUUAGAUCUAAAGGGCAAAGGGUACCAGGAGAUACCGGUUAUGGCAGUGAUUACGAAGACGAGUCAUCGCGGUAUCACGCACCAAACGGGAUGAUCCCCGGGACGCAAGGCUUUCCAACUGAGACUGAUCGGCUACACCGUGACAGCCCUCCGAACUCGUACAAUCAACAAAUCGUACCAGCAUAUUCUGGUUACCACACAACGACCACAACGCAUGGCACAUCUUAUCCUUAUACAGCCGCUGAUCAUACCCGAACGCAACCGCUACAGCUUAGAUCCAUUCAACAACACCCAGGACUUGGCCGCCCUCUUGAAGGGCGCAUGUCGCCUGGUAUGUCACCCGUAAUGCAUCACCAUGGYUACCACACUUUACCGGGUCAGUACCCGCUAGGUCGUACAUCCCCGAUACAUGGCCCGGGACAGAAAAAGACCCGGGUACUGCCACAACUACCGUCUGGUCGGGAACCAAUGGACGAGGAGGAACGCAACCGCGCCGCGAAACUGAAGCUUAAAGAAAUGGACAUUGACAAAGCAAAGCUAGUGAUAGGCGGCUCGCGAGGCAGGGUGGGAUAUGGUCAGGUGCCUGAUCACGUGUACGGUGAUAUGGCGUACGAAGGUGCGUUAACCCCGAGAACUGGACACCACUCUCCAAGAAUGUCUCCAGUUUCACAUCCUCGGCAGGCCAUUGGUCCAAAUAUGAUGAGUCCAAAUAACCAAGUAUUAGACCGUUUGUAUUCUUCUGAUCUUCCACGUGAUGCCAUCAUCCCAUACGACAGUCGCAGAGUUUUUCUCACUUCCCGUGGUGCACUUCGGCAACGGCGCAACAGCACUAGUAUGAUACCACAAAUCGAACAGGAGGGCCUUCGCAGUCCCAUGCCAUCGGCUAGCCCAGUUCCACUCGGGCAAGCUGGCAAGAGUGCCAGCAUCACGUGUCUACCAUCAACUGAACAGCGGAUACCCAACGGCAAGCUUCCCCCGGACGACAACACAUCAGGUAGUCUAAACAAUCUUACUGUAUUACCUACAGGGGGGUACAUGAAGCCUUCACGACCAGGUCUUCGCAAUGAUAACUAUGGCGGCAGUGGUAGAAGCAGUAGGUCUUCUUCAAUCGCUGACAGCGACCGUAGUGGGAGCAUCAAUAGUAUYCCAGGAUCUAUAGCAAGUAGCGAAAGUGGCAGGCAUGGUCUAUACGCGAUAAUGAACGCUGAAAAUCCCAUUCCAUGGGUGCCACCCAGUCUCAAGCUAGGUAACGAAGGGCAUUUAGGCGACUUUAUUGAUGGGCUUGGACCUUCGCAGAUGGUUGGACGACAGGUUUUGGCGUCUCCAUCAAUGGGCGACAUCCAGCUUGGUCUGUCAUAUCGUAAAGGAGCUUUAGAAGUGGAAGUGAUACGAGCUAAAGGACUUUUACCAAAACCUAAUACAAAAAUGCUACCAGCUCCCUACAUCAAGGUUUAUGUKAUGGAAGGAAAACGCUGCAUUGCUAAGAAAAAGACGAGGACAGCGCGACGGACGCUUGAGCCAUUGUAUCAGCAGUGUUUAGAUUUUAAAGUCGAUAUUCGAGGCAAAACUUUGCAGGUGAUUGUAUGGGGUGACUAUGGACGCAUGGAUCGCAAGGUGUUCAUGGGAGUAGUCCAGAUCCUCCUCGAUGACCUUGACCUUAGUAGCUUAUGUAUGGGAUGGUAUAAACUAUUCUCGACGUCAUCAAUGUGCGAUCCACCCCUCCCCUCUUCGUCACCUCUAGGGGGCUCGCCAAAGAAAUCUCCAGCCCCCUCCCCACGGUCUUCAAUGCAGCACGGUGGAAGUCAACGCAUGUCGCCGUUGCCGAGUAUCAUGCCGCCUGACCAUCGCCGGGGUGUGCACAACUAUGAAGAUCCCGACGGGGACUUUGUAUAACACAGCCCCKAACUCCCCCGUCUCUGGGGAAAUGUUUGUUAUAGAAUGAAGAAUUGAACGAAAUCAAGCAUUCAAGUUGCAAAAUGGACUUUGUCACCAUGACUUGGUUUUGUAACCAAAAUGGAAGACGAAGCAAUGUAACAAUAGACAGAUUGAAUGARUUUAAAUGAAUGAGCGAAWGAAUGAAAAGACGUCGYACGCCCAAGGUUGGUAGUCGGCUCUGGUAGGUCACUUUUAGAGUCACAUUUCAUGUGUGCUCUGUCAGUCUAUAUUCUCAAUAUUCACACUACGUACAGUCGAUUCCAUCCUCGCACUCACAGAUUAUACGAGAUAUCCCGAGUUCCACCAAAGCCAUUCCGACACGAUUUCAGAUGUCCGAACUAAAGUCGAUGUAAGGCCGUUUUCUCCGAAGUACCGCCGAAGUGAURCGGAUCAGUGGUCGAUUUUGCUCGAGUUCGACGAAAUAUUAUUCGUGAGACUGCGAAGCAAAACCGAAGUGAUGCAGAUGUGUUGUGAUUUUACUCGGGUUCASCACGAAAUAUUUCCGAGAGAUACCGAAGUAGCACCGAACUGAUGCGGACAAGUAGUCGGUUUUACUCGGUGCCAAGAAAAGUUUCCGAGUGAUGCCGAAGGUAUCCCGAAGAAAUUUAGUUUGACAUUUUCUCACACUCGACAGUUUACACUUUAGAGCUCUUUCAGUACUGAAAUACCUAGCGUGCUUUAAAAAAAAUGGCGGAAAGAUUGACUUGAUGUUCUUGUUCAUCCUUGGCAUUGAAAUAUGGUCAACGCGAGUGUGCUAACUUAAACAUGGCGGGAAACAUUUUGGGAUCACAACGCGAGUGGAAAAAAAACCUGGGUUUACUUUCUAAACGACCUGUGUGCUUCCUGUGUAGAAUUAAAUCGCGUGUAGAUUGAGAGACUGGACAUCACAUGAAUAGCAAUAAUCAUAAAAUAAUAUUUAUUAAUGGUAGCCAAAUCGUAGAUGCCCAACGGGUUCAUUUUAAUGCUAGAUAGAUAAUUAUGAUUAGUAAAUUACUGCCAUAUAAAAUAUAAGAUAGAUUUUUAAAGGGACAUUUUGCCUUGGUGCUAAAGUAUAAACUAUAAUAAUGAGCCACGCACUGCAGCCAAUCAGAAUCACGCUAAAAGACGGCGAAUCGUCAACAUUAUUUAAUAGCAUUUAAUUAACAGAGAAAAUCUAUAAGCCUUGAAUUGAUUUAAUAAUCUUUUUGUUAWUAAUAUAUAGAAAUCAUUGUAAACUGAAUUUAUAGCAUUCAAAAAAAAAGAAAAUGGCAAAUUUAUGAAAAAUUGAAAAUUGAACUUUAUGGAAAACUCGGAAUCGGUCCAGGUGGACGCGGACUGAACAAGGAGUUUGUAAAUUCCAGUGGAAACAUUUUAUAUAUAUCAACAUAUAAUCAUCCUAGUAGUUUAUUUAUCAAGUAUUUUUACUUUAUAUAGUGAAGCAACUCUAGGUUUUACACAAACUUUUAUGAAUUUUAACUCGCGAAAUCACUGCUGACAAUAUUUAACUUGGUGCUAGAAACGCUGCUAUGGCAACGUUUGCUAGGGUAUUUUGUCCAAUAACUGCAUAAUUGCUAGAUUAAGCACAUGCAUUAGAGAAUUUGAAUGGAACUCAAUUUAUUUAUUGAAAUGCUUUAUGUAUCUAAUCACUGAUGUAUUUAUGCGAUGGAAAGCAAUUCUAAGUUUCCUGCUCGAGUUUCAUUCUCAUGUGUAUUUGUAUUUGGUAUUUUGUGUAUAAAUCUAUCUACAUACAGCCUUUUUUAAACAGAAUGUUAUUAUAAACUCUGUAAAGGGUUGGAUAGGUGCAAUUGGUGAUAUUACAUGCAGGAGUGAAAAAGUGAAUGUCCCAACUUGUGAUUCUUCUGAAGACUAUGAAAAUGCUUUCCAAUCACUUCCUGUCAAAGCUUGCUCUAAUGCAAUUAACUAUACCAAUAAUUUACCAUUGGUAACAUAAUACACUCACAUCUACCUCAAUACACCUAACCACCAACAUAUCCUAAUACCAAUACGUAUACCAACACCAAUAUUAAUACCAGUGAAACAUAAUACACUCGCAUCAACUCCAAUUCCACUAAGAACUUUUACUACCACCAUUUACUAAUACCAACACCUAUAUCAACACCAAUAUUACUACCAAUAAAAUAUAAUACAUUCACAUAAACCCCAAUACCACUACGAACUUACUACCACCAUUUACUAAUAAUAACACCUAUACCAACACCAAUAUUACUACCAAUAAUAUAUAAUACACUCACAUCUAGCCCAAUACCACUACGUUUACCACCAUUUACUAAUACCAACACCUCUAAGAAUUAACUACUAAUGCUUUCACUAAUAUUAAUAUCAGUUCCCUUAAACUUCUUCCAACACCUAUACAAAUAACAACAAUCACUAAACAUAAUACUAAUGCAGAUGUCGCUAAUACCAAUAUAUAUAUAUAAAACCACAGCUAUAGUAGAAAUCGUACAAAAAAAAAA